AUCUACUUAGCCGUUUCAAAAUGGAAAAUCACCUCCCCUAGUUCUAAGUCUCACCGCCACCUACCUUUUAUAUAUACAUGCAUCUUCGAUCAGAGUCUGUAUUAUUAUUAUUCCUUUUCAUCAUCUGGAAAUAAUAAUGAAGCAACAAGUAGAGAAAAUGGUUAAAAUUUCCAAUCUAAUGCUGUGGCUGUGGGUCACCGCCACUAUGACGAUGCAGUGCUCAAAUGGGGCAGCUGUCGCGCCACGACAGGUUGCAGCUUUGUUUGUGUUCGGAGAUUCCUUGGUUGAUGUUGGUAACAACAACUUCCUUAGCUCCUUAGCUAAGGCCAAUUACUAUCCAUAUGGCAUUGAUUUCACUGCUGGCCCUUCUGGGAGAUUUACCAAUGGCGAAACCUUUGUUGAUAUGCUUGGGAGGAUGUUGGGGAUUCCAUAUCUUCCAGCUUUCGCAGAUCCCACCACAUUUGGUACCCGAGUUCUUAACGGAGUUAAUUAUGCUUCAGCAGCUGCUGGCAUCCUUGAUGAGACCGGCCGACACUAUGGACAACGGUACAGUCUGAGCCAGCAAGUGGUGAAUUUUCAGUCCAUCACAUUAAAUCAAUUAAGAACAAUAAUGAAUGGGACGAACCUGAGCCAAUAUCUAGCAAAAUCGAUAGCAAUAUUGGUGUUUGGAAGCAAUGACUACCUCAACAACUACCUCUUGCCAUCCCUCUAUUCUUCCAGCUACAUCUAUAGCCCCCCAGAUUAUGCAAACCUUCUACUCAAUCGCUAUACCCGCCAAAUUUUGGCAUUGUACAGUAUGGGAUUAAGGAAGUUCUUAUUAACAGGAGUAGGACCGCUUGGUUGCAUCCCAUACGAGAGAGCUAGUGGUCAAGCCCAGCCAGGAAGGUGUGUGGAUUAUGUGAAUCAAAUUCUUGGUAACUUCAAUGAAGGGCUUAGAUCGCUGGUCACUCAGCUCAACACCAACCACCCUGGUGCAAUGUUUCUUUAUGGCAAUACUUAUGCUGCUUUUGGAGACAUCAUUAACAGCCCUGCCACUUACGGGUUCAGCGUGGCUGACAAGGCUUGUUGUGGAAUUGGGGGGAGCUACUUGGGACAAAUAACGUGUCUACCAUUUCAAAUGCCAUGCCUAAAUAGGAGCCAGUAUGUGUUUUGGGAUGCUUUCCAUCCCGGAGAAGUUGCUAAUGCCAACCUUGCUUGGAGGGCUUUCUCCGGUUCGCCCACUGAUUGUUACCCAAUCAAUGUUCAACAAAUGGCUCUCCUCUGAUCUCAAAUACUAUUAUUAAUUCUUGUAUUAUGUCAUGUCAUGUCAUGUGUGAGUUCGUGUGACUCAUGAGUUCUUGUCUGCUACAGUAUGUAUGUGAGCUUGAGCUAUAGC